GCUGCAUUGUGCUUUGUAUUCGAGCGUCCUGUGAGCUCCACAGAAGCUCAGACCUCCACUCUGCAGCUCGGCACAGAACGCAGAGGAACUGAGGGUUUCAUCUCUGGAGACCGACAUCACGUCCAACUACAAGCUUCCAGACAUAAUUAUGGCUUUGCGUCGGUCCCGGAGCCUCUGGGUGUGGACGGUGGUUGUGAUGCUUGUGCUGCUGAGGCUCCCUGAAAGCCUGCAGAAGUGCGUCUUUGAUGAGGUCCAGGCUCGGGUCCGAGUGGUCAGAGCUGCAGACGAGCCUCCCAGCGCCCUGAGGUCUGAGGCUCCGGCCGGGCGUCCGGGCUGGACAGCGCCGGCUCCUCUUGGCUUCUCUGUGGCUCAGACGGAGGCCGCUGAGGAGAAAGCUCCUCCCACUGGUCCUUCACCACAACCAAUCAGGAUCCAGACCUGGAUUCCGAGCGAGAGCGACAACCUAUCAGAUGCUGAGAAACAGAGAGUGGAGGCAGCGGUGCAGGAGGCUGUGAGGACGGUGUCCUCCCUGCUGUCAGUGGACAGAGCACCAGGACCUUUGCUGCUCAGCAGAGACAUCAACAAAUACUGCAAGUUUGUGUGGAGGAACAGCAGCGCUGUCAACUACAACAGGUGCGGGAGAGCCAAUAAAAGCUACCGGGCCGAGACGUGUCUGGAUGUGACUAUCCCAGACGAUCACCUGGCUGGAUGUGAGAUUUACCCAGAGGCCCAUUCCCCUCGAAGCAUCGCCCUCAGACCUGAAGGUCCUGGACUCGCCGGCGCCGACUUCCUGCUGUACCUGCACAUAAAGUCCACAGACGAGUGUAGAGCCAAGCCCGGUGUUCUGGCCUACGCCGCCCACUGCCGGAGCGGCGCCCGUGGACGGCCCCUGGCCGGCGUGGUGGUGGUCUGCAGGCACAGACUCGCAGAGGACACGUACGAGCACGCGGCCGCCGCACAGAUGUUGAUCCAUGAGCUGAUCCACGCACUCGGGUUCUCGAAACAUCUGUUCCACACCUGGCGGGACGCCUCCUCCGCGUCUCUGGACGGAUCGGGCCAGAUGAGGCUCUACACCCGGUCCGUCACCUCAGCCAUGCAGGGUCUCCUGGCCUCUACGGACCCUGAGCUCGGCGGGCCGCUGGAGAACCUGGAUGUAGCUCCAGGGGGCGUGUCCUCCCACUGGGAGUCCCGCGCGCUGCGAGGCUCCAUCAUGACGGCGGCGCUGGAGGACUGGACCACGGUCCGAAUCGACCCCGUCACCUUGGCUGCGUUACAGGACACGGGCUGGUACAAGGUCGACCUGACCCGGGCACAGAGUCUGGUGUGGGGCGAUGGGGAAGGAGCCAUGUUCGGUUCCCUGUCCACAUGCAAGGACAACACCUCCAGCUUCUUCUGCUCUGGCAGUGGUCGUGGGUGUCACUUCCUUCACCUCCACAAGGGGGCGUGUCAGACGGACCCGUACCUGGAGGGUUGCCAGGUCUAUAAAAUCCUGCACAACGGAAGUGAAUGUUGGAAAAAGGAAAACAAGCUUCAAUCGGCUCAGAACCUGAGUGGGGAGGUUUUCGGUUCUGACAGCAGAUGCUUCUUCUCCAACCUGACCAGACAGAAUCACAGUCCUCCUCCAUCCUUCAGCAGCCCAGUGGUCGGCUGCUGUUACAGACACAGGUGUACUGGACCGAACCAGUACCAGAUCCAAGUGUCAGACUCUGAUUGGCUCGACUGUCCAGCAGGGAGAACAGUCCAGAUAAACGGGUACUGGGGCUUCGUUUUCUGCCCUGACAGGAGGUUGUGUCUGUUCCCUGACGUUUCUCCUCCCUCCGGUGACAUCAGCGCGGUUCCCGCUUCCACCUUCAGCUCUGUUUUUCCGUCUGGGACGUCGGCCCACGGGACCUUCAGAGCUGCUGCAGAGGUCACGGCCGUCUCAGCGCUGAGCUUCACUGCUGCUGUGAGCGUCCUGGCUGCCGCUGUGGCCUGUGUGAGGAAGUGUGGCAGCCGCAGGAUGAGGAUCCGCUCAUCUGGAGAUGACGCAGCCGACCCGGAACCCGGGGGCCGGAAUGUAUAGCUACUGGAACUUCAAUGUGAUUUAGACUCAAUCUAGAAUCUAUAACUAAAAAAAAUAAUUAAAAAUGAAUCAAAUG